GAAUAGCUUGGAGUCCUAUAUUUACGAGAUGAGGAGUAAGCUCUUUGACACCUACCGGAGCUUUGCGAGUGACCAAGAGAGGGAAGGCAUAUCUAGAAGUCUGCAAGAGACUGAAGAGUGGCUUUAUGAGGAUGGUGAUGAUGAAACUGAGGUGGCUUACUCGGAAAGACUAGAAGAUGUAAAGAAGCUUGUGGAUCCAAUUGAGAAUCGGUAUAAAGAUGAAGAAGCAAGAGCACAAGCUACAAGAGAUCUGUUGAAGUGCAUUGUGGAUCACCGCAAGUCUGCAGAUUCCCUCCUUCCCCAGGAUAAAGAAUUGAUCAUAAACGAGUGCGAUAAAGCAGAGCAGUGGCUGAGAGAGAAAUUACAGCAACAAGAUUCCUUGCCUAAGGACAAUGACCCAAUUAUAUGGUCAAGUGAUAUUAAAAGCAAGGCGGAGGAUUUGAAACUGUUGUGCCAACAGGUGCUGGGAUCCAAGGGUUCGUCAACAGUUCCAGAGGACAAAGGCAAAGACAAGCCAGAUACUUCCAGUCACCUUUGAUGAAUCUCUUGAUAUUGAUAGGCAAAGACACAAAUUUUCAUUAUACUCCUGACUAAAUUUUCUUCUUUCUUUUCUGGUUC